AUGGGAUCUCAAGUUGGGGCAGUUCAAGAGUCAAAGACUACUACCCCUUUGGUUAGACAAGGAUCCUUGUACAAUCUGACCCUCGAUGAGGUGCAUAACCAGCUUGGGAAUUCGGGGAAGCCACUUGGCAGCAUGAAUCUUGAUGAGUUGUUGAAGAGUGUGUGGAGUGCUGAAGUUGGUGGUGAGGCCCCUGGUUUGGACUUUGGUGGUGGUGAUGCUGACAUGCAGCAUGCCCCGGCUGCUUCUUGCUCCUCUCUGAAUCCUCAGGGGAGCCUAGCUUUGUCAAGGGAUCUUAGCAGGAAAACUGUUGAUGAGGUGUGGAGAGAUAUGCAGCUGAAGAAGGGUUCUAAUAGGGAUAAUAAAACCCAGGAAAGACAGCCUACACUGGGUGAGAUGACUCUGGAGGAUUUCUUGGUGAAGGCUGGAGUGGUUGCUGAUUCAAAUGGGGCUUUCUCACAACAUAGCCAUUGGGUGCAAUACCAGCUCCCUUCAGUGCAGCAGCAGAAUAUGAUGGGGGGUUAUGUUGCUGGCCAUGCCAUUCAGCAGCCUUUCCAGGUUGCGGUGAACCUAGUUCUGGAUGCUGCUUACACCGAGACGCCCACUUCUUUAAUAGGAGCGUUAUCGGAUACACAAACUCCCAGUCGAAAAAGGGAGGCCUCUGGUGAUGUGGUAGAGAAAACUGUGGAGAGGAGGCAGAAAAGAAUGAUUAAAAAUAGAGAAUCUGCUGCUCGAUCUCGGGCAAGAAGACAGGCAUACACACAAGAACUGGAGAUUAAAGUUAAGCAAUUAGAAGAGGAGAAUGAAAGGCUUAGAAGACUGAAUGAGAUCGAGAGGGCAUUGCCAUCUGUGCCACCACCUGAGCCUAAGCAUCAGCUUCGCAGAACUAGUUCAGCCAUCUUUUGA